ACAGCAUGGUAGUAGCUGCCUAGGUAUUUUUCUUGGCGCUUAAGCUUUCUUCUUCCAAUAAAGGUCGCUCCCACUCCCAGGUACAUAGAGCUCCACUUUGUCCUCCUCUGUUUUUUCGAGCUCGAGCUCGAGAAUGGUAGAAAAGGAUGUCGCUGGAUCGAACGCAGCAGCAGCAGCAGUGCAAGAUGAUCAGUCCGCGACUCAAGUUGUCCCCAUUUUCAAGCUCUUCAGCUUCGCGGAUUGGAUGGAUGUCCUCCUCAUGGUGCUGGGAACUGUCGGCGCUGUGGCAAACGGAAUGACGAUGCCGCUCAUGGCGAUUGUCUUCGGCGAGCUGACGGAUUCGUUUGGGCAGAACGUGAGCGAUGUGGAUCGCCUCUCCAGGGAAGUCUCCAAGGUGUCGUUAAGGUUUGUGUAUCUCGGGAUCGUGGCUUCUAUUGGAUCUUUGUUUCAACUUGCGUGCUGGAUGUGCACCGGAGAGAGACAAGCCGCGAGGAUUCGAAACUUGUAUCUCAAAGCCAUUCUGCGACAAGACAUCUCCUUUUUUGACAAAGAAACCAAGACGGGAGAAGUGAUCGGUCGAAUGUCCGGAGAUACAAUCCUCAUACAAGAUGCAAUGGGUGAAAAGGUGUCGAAGCUCAUCCAAUUCACCACCGCUUUCUUUGGUGGUUUUGUAAUUGCCUUCAUCAAAGGCUGGAAGCUCACGCUAGUGAUGAUGUCCGUGAUGCCUCUGCUCGUUUUUGCUGGAGGGAUGAUGGCCAAUCUCAUGUCCAAAAUGGCGAGUCGAGGCCAGAAAGCUUACGCCGAGGCGGCAGUUGUGGUGGAACAAGUCACUGGAGGCAUCAGAACUGUGGCUUCGUUUACUGGCGAGCGUAAGUCCAUGGCUGACUACGAGACAGCACUUACGAAAGCGUACAAAGCUGGAGUUUUUGAAGGAGUCGCAUCGGGAGCUGGCCUUGGUUUCACGCUGUUCACCAUGUUUUCCAGCUAUGGUCUAGCGCUGUGGUACGGAUCAAAGCUGGUUUUAAACGGUGGAUACUCGGGUGGAGAUGUCAUCAGUGUCUUGUUUGCUGUGCUCACCGGAGGCAUGUCUUUGGGACAAACUUCACCCAGUAUUACUGCGAUAGCAUCCGGAAGAGCUGCAGCUUACAAGAUGUUCGAAGUCAUUCGUCGAGUCCCUCUGAUUGAUGCCUUUGACAUGAGCGGACAAACACUAGAGAGUGUGAAGGGCGAUAUCGAGCUUCGGGACGUCACCUUUUCGUAUCCCACACGUCCAGAUGUCCCGGUGUUUACGAGCUUCAAUCUGGAAAUCCCGUCUGGGACAACAGUUGCUUUGGUCGGGGAGAGUGGCAGCGGCAAGUCGACGGUGAUAAGCUUGAUCGAGAGGUUUUAUGAUCCUCAGGCUGGCGAGGUUUUGAUCGAUGGUGUCGACAUCCGGAAGCUCCAGCCGAAGUGGCUACGCCAACAGAUCGGACUCGUCAGCCAGGAACCGGUUUUGUUUGCAACCUCCAUCAGAGAGAACAUUGCUUAUGGCAGAGAGGGAGCGACUGAGGAGGAGAUUAUGGAAGCUGCUCGCCUUGCGAACGCUGCGAAGUUUAUCAGCAAGAUGCCAAAGGGAUUCGACACACAAGUUGGAGAGCACGGGACUCAGCUUUCUGGCGGACAGAAGCAAAGGGUGGCCAUCGCUAGAGCUAUACUAAAAAAUCCUCGCAUUCUUCUGCUGGACGAGGCAACCAGCGCUUUGGAUGCCGAGUCGGAGCGAGUGGUGCAGGAAGCAUUGGACCGGAUCAUGGUGAACAGGACAACAGUGAUCGUCGCUCACAGGCUUUCCACGAUCAAAAACGCAGACUGCAUCGCUGUUGUUCAAAGAGGAAGCAUUGUGGAGAAAGGGACACACUCGGAACUUAUUCAGAGGCCAGAUGGAGCUUACGAACAACUAGUUCGUCUCCAAGAAAUGCACGAGGUGAAGUCAAACCAGAGCUUGAGCGCUGCUCAAGCAAUCGAUCCAGACGAGGUGGUAGUAAUCGAUCAAGAGCUGGAUGAACGAAGGCUGAGCAGGAGUAGCAGCCGUGGAUCGUUUGGAAGCAAACGCAACGUAACUCGAAGUUCGUUCUCCUUGACUAGAACGGCGAGUGUCGAUCCAGAGCAGGCCGACAAGAGCGACGGAAAAACAGGAGUAACCCGGAACAACUUUCUUCGCCUCGCAGCUAUGAACAAGCCAGAAACACCGGUUUUCAUCGUUGGAGCUCUUGCUUCCACUGCAAACGGUGUGGUGUUUCCGGUCUUCGGCCUGCUUCUGUCCAACAUUUUCGGAGUUUUGUACAGCACGAACCGGCACAAGCUGAGACACGACGCCAACUUCUGGGCGAGCAUGUUCCUGGUACAAGCUUCCGCGUGCUUGAUCAUCUCUCCCAUACAACUCAGCGCCUUCGGAUUCAUCGGCCAGAGACUCAUUCGACGAGUCCGGAAGAGAUCGUUCGAGUCCGUCGUUCGUCAGGAGAUUGCCUGGUUUGACGAUCCGUCCAAUUCAAGUGGAGCAAUCAGUUCCCGGCUCUCAGUAGAUGCUGCUCAUGUCAAGAGCAUGGUUGGCGAUUCCUUGUCGCUGCUGCUGCAAAAUCUGGCGUCACUCAUUGCAGGGCUCGUCAUCGCGUUCACUGCAAACUGGAUAUUGUCACUUGUUGUCUUGGCACUUAUUCCACUACUCGGAGCUCAAGGCGUAGUCCAGACCAAGAUGAUGAUCGGUUUCAGCAAAGAUGCGAAGGUCAUGUAUGAAGAGGCCACAAAAAUCGCAAACGAUGCAGUGAGCAGCAUUCGUACUGUGAGCUCUUACUGCCUCGAAGCUAAAAUGCUGGAGCUUUACAAAACAAAGUGCUCCAUCCCAACCAGGAACGGGAUUCGCAACGGAGUUGUGAGUGGAAUCGGUCUCGGCCUUUCGAGCUUCGUUAUGUUCGCAGCCUAUGCCUUCAGCUUUUGGUUUGGAGCUCGUCUUGUCAGGGAGGGCAAAACAAGCUUCCAAAACGUGUUUAAGGUGUUCUUUGCGAUCACGAUGAGCGCAUUCGGCAUAGCUCAGGGAGUGUCGCUCGCCCCCGACUUUGCAAAGGUGAAAGCGGGAGUGAACUCGAUCUUCGCGACUCUGGACAGGAAAUCAAAGAUAGAUCCUUCCAACGAGGAAGGCAAGACGCUGGAAUCGACUCGCGGAGACAUCGAGUUCCGGAACGUGAGAUUCCGCUAUCCAGCGCGGCACGAGGCGGAGAUCUUCCGAAACUUGAGCUUCUCCAUCCCCGCGGGCAAGACCAUGGCGCUGGUCGGCGAGAGUGGAAGCGGCAAGUCCACAGUCAUCUCGCUACUGGAGAGGUUCUACGACCCAGAUUCGGGCAGCAUUCUCAUCGAUGGCGUUGACAUUCGAUCGCUCAAGCUACGCUGGCUCCGACAAAACAUCGCCCUGGUCAGCCAAGAGCCCACACUGUUUAGCGGCAGCAUCCGGUCCAACAUCGCGUAUGGGAAAGAGAGCGGCGCGCCCGUGAGCGAGGAAGAGAUCACCGCGGCCGCCAAGGCCGCCAACGCGCACAGCUUCAUCUCCGCGAUGCCGGGAGGAUACGAGACCGAGGUCGGGGAGAGGGGAAUCCAGCUCUCGGGCGGGCAGAAGCAGCGGAUCGCGAUCGCGAGGGCGGUGCUCAAGGAGCCCAAGAUCUUACUCCUGGACGAGGCAACGAGCGCGCUGGAUGCAGAGUCGGAGAGGCUGGUCCAGGAAGCGCUGGAUCGGAUCAUGGUGGGCAAGACGAGCGUGGUUGUGGCGCAUCGAUUGUCCACGAUUGUGGGCGUGGACAUGAUUGCGGUGGUGAAGAAUGGAGGGAUUGUGGAACAGGGCAGCCACGAGGAGCUCAUCACAAAGCCCAAUGGCGCCUACGCUACGCUGGUCAAGCUCCAUCGCCACAAGCCAGCAAGCUAGGACCCUAGCCGUAUACAUUUUUCCAACGGUUGCGAUACUUUAGCCUAGAAUAGAUAUUUUAGAUUUUGGAAAGGAGCUGAGAGUUCUUGUA